UUUCUAGGCUUUCCCGCCUUAUCUACUUUUGGCUAUGAUAAAAAAGCGAAACGGCUGCAUUUUCGUAUCACAAUAGUCUGUUUUUAUUGGUAUUUUAGUGAAUCAGGCAAAAUGUUUUGUUACCUGGCGAUAUAUUUUCGUGCGUAGUGAGGUCGGAAGUGAUAGGGAACCGGAAGUUUCCUCGACUUACUUUUGCCCACAACCCAACAGGGUCGCUCGACGCCAUUUUGGACGUUUGCAAGGAUCUACUCUCGUUCUGUCAACAACUUGCCACAGUUUUCUUAAAAUAGCGGAAUAAUACCGGACUGUAUUUCGAUGGCUUCUGCUUUGGUUGAUGAGUGGGAUGUGAGACGUUGCUGGGUGUGUUUUGCAACAGAAGAAGAUGAACCUUUUUCACAGUGGGUUCGGCCUUGCCGUUGCCGUGGGACAACAAAAUGGGUCCACCAGAUUUGCCUUCAGCGCUGGAUUGAUGAAAAGCAAGCAGGCAGUUCAACAGCUAAAGUGUCUUGCCCACAAUGCAGUGCUGAGUAUGUCAUUGUGUUUCCUCCAUUAGGACCUCUGCUUCAAUCUGUAGAGUUCUUAGAUAAACUUAUCCAUAAGUUCUGCCCUAUAGCUGCAGCAGGAGUCGUUGUAGGGUCAUUAUAUUGGUCUGCUGUCACUUAUGGAGCAGUUACAGUUAUGCAGGUCUUAGGUCAUAAAGAAGGACUUGAAGUUAUGGAAAAAGCUGAUCCUUUGUUCUUAUUUGUUGGACUUCCUACUAUCCCUUUGGCACUUAUCCUUGGAAAAAUGGUUCGCUGGGAGGAUCAUGUGUUAAGGUUGUGGAGACGCCAUUUCAGUAAGAUGUCCUUUCUUGGCCACAUUCUGCCUGGUUUAACUGCCUGUGAUUAUGCAUCACGCACGCCAGCAGAGCCCACUCCAUUAUCUGACCCAGUGUCUCUCACCAGGCUCCUUUGUGGUGCUUUGAUUCUGCCAACAAUCUCCACACUUAUUGGCAAAGUGUGUUAUGGAUAUGUCCCUUCAAGUUUGCAUCGAGCCCUACUGGGAGGCAUAAGCUUCGUAGCAGUGAAAGGAGUUGUCAGGAUCUACUACAGACAACAGCAGUAUGUGAGGCAAGCUCAGAGAAUUGUGAAAAACUAUGGUGAGGAAUAAUUCUUCAACAUUUGGUGUCUUUCGAGUCGCUUUCAAUGGCGAUGAAGUGCACAGCCACAAGCAUUUGAUACCUGCUGUCUCGUUGGAGACUUAUAGCCUUGAAUCUGUGAAGUAGAUGGAAGUAGUGGUUCAGUUUGGCGUAGAGUUACAAUAUAAGUUCUUAAGAAGGGGUGAUUGCAGAUAUCAAGAAUCCGUCACCAAGACUAAAAAAUGAAAUAUACGUAGCAAGGAGAAACACUUAAGCAAACUGUUUUUUUUUUAAUUGUAAUAUAACCUUCCAGUGAAUUUCUAUUCUUUAAAAAUUCGCUAAAAAAUUGAAAUUGCCGUGUUCACGCACCGGCCACCAACAAAUUUUUCUGGAAAGUGUUAGAAUUGAUUCAAAUCGCUUUUAAGGAAUGUUGGCUGAACGUUAUUAAACUAUCUUAUGCAUGUCAGUUGAUCAUUACAGUAAUAAUAAACAUUACUAUUUCCUCGA